GUUAAAUAUCGAUUGUAGUUAUCAAUAGAUUGUCUGUAGCACGAUGGAUGACAAACCGUUAGCGAAAGCGUUGAAAGACUUACCGCUGAGGGUACAAUCAGCAAGCUAUGUGGAACGUAUUCAAGUAUUUAAAGCGCUUAACGAUGCUUUCUCGGACACAUCUUCUGAUGUUAGUGAAGGUGUAAUUAAAGGAGUGUGUAGAGUUUUAAUCUUCACUCUACCGAGGUACCACAAGAAUUCUUCAAGAAAAUUGGUACAAGAUUUCAUACUUACAUUACUGAAACACCACAAUGCAGCAACAGUUCAACAUCUCUCCAACACAUUGGCUGUGUAUUCUACAGCCUAUAAAAAUCUUGCAUCAUCGGACACCUUGGCAAAGGAACUGCUUGCUGCCUUUGAUUGGUCCUAUAAAGUACUGGUUCAUGGAUUCAAAGAUGCCUCAAAUUGUAAAGGUGUUUCGUUCCAGAAGUUGGUAGAAGCCCAAUCAUGUCUAUACACUAGUAUUUUGGCUUCCAGAUCCAAAAAGAUGUCCGCAAAAGCAUACCACAAAUUGGUGCAGGGGUGGAAACAAAUUCCCGGAUCAGAAGUGAAGUACUGGGAAGCCUUGUGUGAGCUUGAAACAUCUUUCCAAUCUUUGGUAUUGAGCUGCGCAGUCUUAAGUUUUGUUCAAGCCAAUAAGAAUGCCGAGCUAUUAUCGUCAAUGAGACGAUCGUUGUUAGACUCCUUCAUCAAAGUAGCAAUCACCACAAAAGUGAAGCCAGACACUUACUUCGUGGAGCAGUGUAAGCCGUUUUUGAAGCUCCUGACACACGACGAUUUCAAAGGCCUGCUCCUUCCAGCUUUGCUUAAAGCCAUGCUCAGAAGCCCGGAAAUCAUUCUUGGGUGUGUUGGUCAAGUGCUUGCCUCUGUAUCUAUUGAUCUGAGUGCUUAUGCCGCUGAUUUGGCCAAACCAAUAGCCACAUGCCUCCAUUCGAAAGAGGAUCUUACACGUGAAGAGGCAGCCUUUGCAACAGAGGCCUUGGCCAAGCAAUGCAGCGAGGCAACUGCAGUUCGCAAUCUGCUCAACCUGUUGUUUGGUGUUCUGCAAGGAUCAGAAGGAAAGUUGACUCUUUCCUCGCACAAGAUCUCCAUUCUUGAAGGUAUCGGUCACUUGAGCAAGCAUUGCGUAACUGGGAAAGGUGCCCACCAGUUGAGCUGCGAUGCCGCAGAACAUUUCGUCAAAAUUCUGGAAACAGAAGUCCACGAGGGAACCCUUAUCCGAGCCCUUUCUUCGUUGCUUUUAUGGGCUAAUCGGUUCGCUGCUGCGAUCCCAAAAACGCUCAUGGAAAUGUUUAAGAAAGGCAUGACGUUGAAAACAUCCACACCCGCAGUAAGAACAGGGUAUAUUCGAUGCAUGGCCGCCUCGUUACACGGUGAAAGCUUACCACAAGGAAUUGAAUUGAUCCCUGUCCUGUUGAAAUCCCUGGAACGAGCAGCUGCACAGCCCACACAAGCGGCUAUCGUUUCAGAGGGCUUAUCAGCCGCUACGCUGCUGUUGCGAUGCGCCAGCUUAGAUGAGAAGGCGGCAAGCCAGUGUGGUCCGUUGUGGACCAUUCUUUCAGAUACAGAUAAACUGUUAUUUGUCAACGAAAAGAUGUUGUCUUCGUACAACGAAGAGACCUGGCUCGAAGUUGUCUUGCUUUGCGAAUCGCUUUUUGUCACUCACGAACAACGGAUUGGUGAUAAAGCGGCGCCCUACUUCCGUGCAAUCAUUCUUGCACUUACCAGACCGAAUUUCUCUCUUCGCACACGGGCAGCUUCAGCGGUGAAAAAGAUUCUCCCUCCUACCGUCAAGACAACUCUUGAUCGUUCGCUGGCAUUGAUUGCUGAAUUCACCAUUUUCCUGCACACGGCCAAAGUCGUUAGUGGCAUCCGAAAUCGCGAAGAGGGCGAUACAACUGGUGUGCUGUCUGCAACUCUGAACGAAACGGACGCCAAUUCGCUGAUAUUCUGCUUGCAGACCAUCACCUCCUUGAAGGGAAGAUCUCAGGAGAAUUAUAAUAAAUUGGCUGUAGCAUGUUUCAAAGCCGCUCAUCAUCCGGCCAUUGCUUCCGUUCAGCCUCUGUGCUGGUAUUAUAUCGUCAAACACUUUGGACAGGUCCCUAAAGCCCUCGUGAGUCGAUGCUACGCCCAGUUAAAGGAGGAAUUGAUCAAGAACCACAAACCGGGAUCGUGGCCAGAGGCAUCUUUGUCUGGACUCAUGAAAUUGGCUCCCGAAGAAACCAUCAAGGACGUGCUAGACGCCAUAAGCGCCACGUUGAGUCAAGAAGAGUUGCUGAGAGUCACUCGCGACGAUUACUUCACUUUCUUAACGCCAGAAGGUGAACUCUACGACAGAAGCGUCUUGGAGAAUGCGAAAGAAGAAGCUGCUCGAAACAUCAAGCGAGAAUCGCGUGCUUAUUCGUACAAAGAGCAGAUGGAGGAGUUGCAGCUCAUCCGAGAACUGGAAGAGAAACGUAUACGAGAGGGCAAGAAGAAAGCCCCCGAAAUGUCUCCUAAACAGAAAGAGGCCAUCCGCGUCCAGUUGGAGAAAGAAAGCGCCAUUAGAAGCAAAGUGGCUGCGUUGGAUGUCGUUGUUCGACAGGUGUGCUCCAUGCUGAAGUCGGCCAUUGACAACGUGCCGGGCGUGCUGUCCAAUCAGCUGACGCAGUUGAUUCCCUGGAUGAUGCGAGCGAUGGGCUCGCCAGUGGCAGCUCCGUUACUUCAGCCACUCUGGAUCGACCUGAGGAAAUCAGUUUUCGAAGCCGACAUGGAACUUUUGGCUAAGAGCAUUGCUCACGUCUCGCUUCGUCUCGUCAAACCCAUGUGCGAUCUGGACCCGGCAUGGGAAACUGAAUCACUAGAUGACGCCUCACGACGUGUUCUCAAGCAGCUCGUUGGCGCUACUGCCACUCCGUUGAACGCCCCGACCUUCACGUACUGCUUUCCUUUUAUCCGGGGUACUUUAAAACAACUCAGCUCUAAAGAAGAAGCAUUGGCCGCACAGGGUAUCCAGUUAAUCGAACGUCACGCUGGUCUGAGAUCGGUCGGUCAGCCAGGCCAAACUUAUCCGCAGAACAACCCCCGUUUGCUUCCUCUGAAAGAGAUGAUGGAUUUGCUGAUUCAUUUGAUUGGCACGACUACCGGAAGAGAACAACAAACGGCCUAUUCUGCCCUGCUGGAAGUUGCGGCGUCUGCUAGUGGCAAAGCUGGCUGCGCUGUGGCCACCGAUGAGGAAGUUAAUUGCCUGCUUGAUAGUCUCGAGAGUAGCGUCGACUCUGUUCGCGAUGCUUGUCUCCACAGCUUGAGCGUCCUAUUGCCCGUGCUGACGCGCAAUCGUGUCAAGACGUUUACCACUCAUCUGAAUCACAGGCUGUGGGUGGCCAAGUUCGAUGUUGUUCCAGAGAUCCGCGAAAAGGGCGAACAGCUAUGGGCUGCUACACAACUUCAGCCCGUCAAAAAUAUGUUCGAGCUCGUACUCGAAGAUGUCACUCACAUGGUGGAGCCAAUCAGGGCAGCUGGAGCCGAGGCCCUCGCGUCCGCAUUGCAGCUCAACACGGCCGAAGUGGACCCUACAGCCAAACGCCUCAUCAAAUUGUAUGGCGAACGACUAGAGCUGACACCGGCCGUCAAGGAUAACUUUGGCCGCGAAUUGCAGCCACCGAUGGACGUCUGGGAACCUCGUGCCGGAAUCGGUCUAGCUCUCUACCGCUUGGUCCCGUUGAUGGACGAUACUACCGUUGUCCGUUUGGCGUCGUUCUUCGUGCCCAAAGGACUUGGCGACCGAGAAGAGAGUGUCAAGAAGACUAUGCUGAACGCCGCCGUGACGAUGGUCGAUCAGCACGGCAAGGAGACGAUCACCAAAUUGCUGCCCGUCUUUGAGAAGUUUAUGGAUGACGCGCCCAAAUCCGGAAGUUUCGACUCGGUUCGUCAGUCGGUUGUCAUUCUGAUGGGCUCUUUGGCCCGCCAUUUGGAGAAAGAAGACCCUCGUGUCAAGCCCAUCAUUUACAAGUUGGUUGACGCUUUAUCGACGCCUUCGCAGCCUGUCCAAGAAGCUGUGGCCAACUGUCUACCACCCUUGGUGCCGGCCAUCAAGGACGAAGUCGCUCCUCUGGUCCAGCGUCUUCUCCAGAAGUUGCUUUCUUCCAACAACUACGGUGACCGUAAAGGAGCUGCGUACGGUAUCGCUGGUAUCGUCAAAGGCCUGGGCAUUUUGUCGUUGAAGCAAUUGGACAUCAUGACGAGUUUGACGGAAGCUAUACAGAACAAGAAAAACAUCCGGCAUCGUGAAGGCGCCCUCUUUGCUUUCGAACAGCUCUGCUCCAUGCUGGGCCGUCUCUUCGAGCCUUAUGUCGUCCACGUUCUGCCGCAUUUGCUCCUCUGCUUUGGCGACACCAACCAAUUUGUCCGUGAAGCAGCCGACGACACGGCCAAGGCCGUCAUGAGCAAGCUGAGUGCUCACGGAGUCAAGUUGGUGUUGCCCUCUUUGCUGGCCGCUCUGGAACAGGACUCUUGGAGGACCAAAACCGGCUCGGUUGAGCUGCUCGGAGCCAUGGCUUACUGCGCUCCACGACAACUUUCGUCCUGUCUUCCAGGCAUCGUACCAAAACUGAUUGAGGUACUCGGUGACAGUCACGUUAAAGUGCAAGCAGCGGGAGCUCAAGCUCUGCAGAUCAUUGGCUCCGUCAUCCGUAACCCUGAGAUUCAGGCCAUUGUGCCCGUUCUCUUGGAAGCGCUCCAAGAUCCUGCUAAGAAGACUUCGUCUUGUUUGGCCACUUUGCUCGAAACGAAAUUCGUCCAUUUCAUCGACGCGCCGUCGUUGGCCUUGAUCAUGCCCGUUGUCCAGCGAGCUUUCCAAGAUCGAUCCACCGAGACUCGCAAAAUGGCUGCGCAAAUUAUCGGCAACAUGUAUUCGUUGACGGAUCAAAAAGAUUUGAGUCCAUACUUGUCGACCAUUAUCCCUGGAUUGAAAGCUUCGCUGUUGGAUCCCGUACCGGAUGUCCGAAGUGUUUCUGCCCGCGCAUUGGGCGCUAUGGUUCGCGGAAUGGGUGAAGCUUCGUUCGACGAUCUGCUGCCUUGGUUGAUGCAAACGCUGACGUCGGAAUCGUCGUCUGUCGACCGAUCCGGUGCCGCACAGGGUCUGUCGGAAGUUGUCGGAGGCCUCGGCGUCGACAAACUUCACAAACUGAUGCCCGAAAUUAUUGCCACGGCCGAACGCCAGGACAUUGCCCCUCACGUCAAGGACGGCUACAUAACGAUGUUCAUCUACCUGCCCGGAGUGUUCCAGAACGAAUUCACGCCUUACAUUAGCCAGAUUAUCCCGUCGAUCCUGAAGGCUCUGGCCGACGAGAACGAGUUUGUCAGAGACACGGCCCUGAGAGCCGGUCAGCGUAUUGUCAACAUGUACGCCGAUACGGCCAUCAUGCUGCUCUUGCCCGAACUGGAACUCGGCCUCUUCGACGACAACUGGCGUAUUCGCUACAGCUCGAUCCAGCUUCUGGGCGAUUUGCUCUACAAGAUUUCCGGCGUUUCCGGUAAGAUGACGACCGAGACGGCCAGCGAGGACGACAACUUUGGCACGGAGCAAUCGCACAGAGCCAUUAUGGACACGUUGGGCACGGAGAGACGCAACCGCGUCUUGGCCGGCCUUUACAUGGGUCGUUCGGACGUUGCCCUACUCGUCCGGCAGGCUGCUCUUCACGUCUGGAAGGUCGUUGUCACCAACACGCCCAGAACGCUGCGCGAAAUCCUGUCCACCCUGUUCAAUUUAUUGUUGGGAUGCUUGGCCAGCUCCGUCUACGACAAGAGGCAAGUGGCUGCCCGCACUUUGGGCGACCUUGUCCGCAAAUUGGGUGAGCGCGUCUUGCCCGAAAUCAUUCCUAUCUUGGAAGAUGGACUCAACUCGGACGAGCCGGACACUCGACAGGGAGUCUGUAUUGGUCUCUCUGAAAUUAUGGCGUCGACGUCCCGCGAGAUGGUCAUGACCUUCGUAGACAGCCUCGUGCCGACCGUUCGCAAGGCUCUUUGCGACCCGCUGUCCGAGGUACGCCAAGCGGCGGCCAAGACAUUCGACAGCCUUCACAGCACCGUCGGCGGCCGGGCCCUAGACGACAUUCUGCCGUUCAUGCUGGAAGCCCUCAACGAUCCCGACCAAGGAGAGAACGCGCUGGACGGCCUUCGACAAGUCAUGGCCAUCAAACCGCGCGUCGUUCUCCCGUACUUGAUCCCGCAUCUGACCGCUCCGCCGGUCAAUACCAAAGCCUUGUCGGUUCUCGCCUCGGUGGCCGGCGAUGCCCUGGCUCGCCACUUUAACCGUUUGCUACCCGCUCUUCUGGCCGCCGUCACAGCUGCCGCUGGAACGCCCGCGGAGGCACAAGAAGUCGAGUACUGCCAGGUGGUGUUGCUCUCUGUGCAGGACGAGCAAGGCAUCCGGGCCAUCAUGGACGAGCUGUUGACUUCGACCAAAUCGGACAAGUUGCCGUUGCGCCGAGCCGCCGUCUCCCUUUUGGCCGGCUUCUGCACGCACACGAAAGCCGAUUACAUCCAGUACGUACCGCAACUCCUUCGCGGUCUCAUCCACUUGCUGACGGAUAAUGAUCCUGGCGUGUUGAAUCCGGCUCUGGAGGCCCUCAACUCGGUCAUCAAGACCCUCGACGCCACUCAACAGAUGGCGCACGUCGGCGACCUUCGUCAAGCCGUUCGUUUUGCCAUGAGUGACCUCAAAGGUCAAGAAUUCCUGCCUGGCUGUUGCCUCUCCAAGGGUAUCGCGCCUUUGCUGCCCGUCUAUCGUGAGGCCAUUUUGAACGGCCCUCCCGAGAUGAAAGAACAAGCCGCCCAAGGAUUGGGAGAACUGAUUAAGUUGACAUCACCCGAAGCUCUCAAGCCGUCGGUGGUGGCCAUUACCGGACCACUUAUCCGUAUCCUUGGCGAUCGAUUUAGCGCCGGUGUCAAGGUGGCCGUCUUGGAAACGCUGGCGCUCUUGCUGGCCAAGGUGGGCGCUCUCCUCAAGCCUUUCCUGCCGCAGUUGCAGACGACAUUUGUCAAAUCGCUGAGCGAUCCCAACCGCCAGGUCCGUCUCAAGGCGGCCACGGCCCUCAGUCAUUUGAUUGUGAUUCACACUCGCGCCGACCCGCUCUUUAACGAGUUGUACACGAGCAUCAAGACGACAGACGACUCUUCCAUCAGGGAAACUUCACUGCAAGCCCUGCGCGGCGUCAUCACCCCGGCCGGCGACAAGAUGAGCGAACCCAUCCGCAAAUCCAUUUUAGCGACGCUGCAGUCGAUGCUGUCCCAUCCGGAAGACACGACCCGAUCAGCCGCCGCCGGAUGUCUGGGCGCCCUUUUCCGUCGUUUGCCAGCCGACGAACUGGAGGCCCUCGUCAACGAGUGUCUCCUCCACGACGAUCCGUCACUCGAUUGGACUUUGCGCCACGGUAAGAGCGCCGUUCUCUCCGUCGCCUUGAAGGAAGCGGCCGAGCAGGUCUACACGGCCGAAUGGCGAGACAAGUUGCAUCGCGUCUUGUUGAGCUACUUGACGGCCGAUCGAAUCCCGAUCGUAUCGAACAGCAUCCGCGCUAUCGGCUUCCUCUUUAGGCACUUGAUGACGACCACUAGCCCCGUGUCGUUCCCGGCCCAGCUCAGCCAGCCGUUCGCCAAGACGCUCAAUCAUGCCAGCAACGAGGUGAAACAGUUGGUGGCCCAGACGAGCCACUAUCUCGGCCGGCACAUUGACACGGCCCUGCCGUCCGAUUUCCUCAAAGUCCUCCUACCCCAGCUGGUGAACGGAACCAAGGAGAAGAACACGGCCGUCCGGUCGGCCUGCGAGGCCGCUUUGGUCACCAUUUUGCGUCUGCGACACAACGACGAAACCCAACAGCACUGCGUCAACUUGCUCGACCCCGGAGCUCGUGAUUCGCUCUCUGAGGUCAUCUCCAAAGUCCUGCGCAAAAUGGCCAGCCUUCCCGAAACGAAGGAAGAAGAACUGGACGCGACAUUGGUGUCGUAAACCAAAUAUAAAUUUUUUUUUUUUUGGGCGACACACGCAUCCGCAUUUCAGCUUUAUAAAAACAACAUGCACAUCUUUUCCUUUACCAACCUCCAAUCCGGGUCCAUUUUUGUAGUUUUUUUUUUUUUUUUUUUUUUUUUUUUUUUUGUUGGUUAUCAAGGCGUGCUCUCCUCUCUCCUUGAUCCCUGACUCUGUAACGGAUUGCAUUCUCCUCGCUCCUCCAUCUUUUUUUUUUUUUUUUUUUUUCUUCUUGUUCCAAAGUCUUUUGUGUGUUACAAGCACUUUGGCUAAUAAUGCGAUAGUCAUCGUCAUCGUCACGAAAAGAAAGAAGAAAAAAGGGGAAAACAUGCAAUUUUUUGUUAUUUUUUUCCCUUGGAUGAUGACGAUGGUGGUUAAGAAGAUGAAACCCCGGCAAAAAGAAAUGACGUGAGCAAAGUAUGUUGAUCGUGUUAAGCAAUUGUUUUUUGUUUUUUUUUUUUGUUUUUUGUUUUGAUGAUUACAUUUUUCUUUUCGGUGAG